AUGGCUCUAAGAAACCUUGUAAAUAAACUGCCUCCAGGUCACGUGUUUGUUCCAACGGACGAUGAGUUAGUGUCUUAUUAUCUUUCCAAAAAGAAUUCUAAAGAAGAAAUUAUCAAAAACCCUCUGGUGGAAAUUGACCUGAAUACUGAGCCCUGGAGUCUCCCAGAUGUGGCAAAGUUGAAUUCGAAAGAGUGGUAUUUCUUCAGCUUCCGAGAUGGCAGAGAUAAUAGGGCGACGAUCUCUGGCUACUGGAAAUCCAUUGGAAAAGGUCAGGCAGUGCUUGAUGAGAGGACACGAGCUAUAAUUGGGAAGAAAGAGAAAUUAAUUUUCUACAAAAAUAAUGGAAUCAAAACGGGUUGGGUUAUGCAUGAAUUUCUCCUUAACAACCCUCAGGUGCCUCCUAGUUCUAAUACCUCCUUUAAUCUUCUCACCUAA